GAUAUAUUUUUAAAUAAUAAUAAAAUGUCCAUUACCAGCUCAGAGAUUCAUGAUGUCUCUGUUAGUGUAAUGUUUUGAUGGUAUCAUUUGGUUUAGGUCAUACUAUGGGACAGCACCAUGCAGAGCAACACCACAGACACCUCCCAACACUACUUUGAGGAAGAGGAGGAGGUGGAAGAAGUUCAAGAGCCACCGCUUUCCAAGACCAUCACUGUUUUCAGAGAUCCUAAGAAGCAGAAACGGACCAUCACCGGCCUUUCGUGGCAUCCUGAUGGAGGCAGGAAGCUGGCUGCAGCCUACUCCUGGCAUGAGUUCAAGGAAUUCCCCGAAACCUUGAGCCCGCACUCGUACAUCUGGGAUGUCGGAGGGUCCCACAGGAAAGAACCCAAACCACCCAGAGACAACUCUGAAACUGGCAUCUCAUCUCGUCUGCCUGGACUAUAACCCCAAAGACUCCCACACUCUUGUUGGCGGCAGCUACAGUGGGCAGAUCACUUACUGGGACACCAGGAAAGGCAGCCAGCCUGUGGAGUAUUCUUCUCUGAAGCACAGUCACAGAGAUCCGGUCCGCAAGACCAUCUGGUUGCAGUCCAGGACCGGGGCCAAUGUGUUCUCUGCCUCCACAGGUUUUGUGGUGGGACGUCCGUAAUCUGAGCGAGCCCACGGAUCGUCUGGUUCUGGAUCCGAGCAAGAAGUGGAAUCUAGGCCAAGCUUUAGGUGCCAGCUCUCUGGAAUUUGAGGCCACUCUGGUGAGCGAAUAAAAUGCUCCCGAGUU